AUGCUAUUCAAAUCAUUCGUUUUCCUCGUAUCCUCCCUUUCCUUAUCCAUCAUCUCCGUGAGCGCACUCGUCUCACCGCGCCAAACCCCUCGACGGGGCUGCGGUAACGAGAUCGACGAAGCAACCAAAGAAGCCUUGGAGGAAGACUUCCGACUCAACCGAGUCGCCGCAUCCUCCUCAUUCCGCGCUGCACCUCCUCCCCCAAUCAAUGUCUUCUUCCACAUCGUCUCCAAAGAUGAAACACCAGAGGGAGGAAAUAUCAGCGACGAUGUGAUCGCACAGCAGAUGGACGUGCUCAACACCGCUUUCAAACCGAGCGGUGUACAGUUUAGGUUAAAAGAUGUGACGAGGAACGUGAAUGCGACUUGGUUUGGGAGUGUUGCUCCGGAGACUGUGGAACAGGAUGAGAUGAAGGCUGCGUUGAGGCAGGGAGGUGCAGCUGAUCUCAAUGUUUACACCGUCGGCUUCGAAGAAGGACCUGGCGCUGGACUCCUCGGAUAUGCCACCUUUCCCAGCUCCUUUCAAUUUGCACCAGAGGACGAUGGUGUAGUCCUUCUGUUCUCUACGCUUCCAGGAGGAAGUACACCGGAUUUCAACCUUGGCCAGACGCUCACUCACGAAGUAGGACAUUGGGUUGGUUUGUACCAUACCUUCCAAGGCGGAUGUUCGGGGUUGGGAGACGAAGUCGACGAUACUCCCGCCGAAGCCUCCCCUGCAAGCGGAUGUCCGGCUGACCGGGAUACCUGCCCUGGUGAAGGAAAAGAUCCCGUCCAGAACUUCAUGGACUAUUCGUUCGAUAGCUGUAUGGAAACCUUCACCCCAGGACAAAUUGAUCGACUCCUCGACCAGAUCGCCACCUACAGGACAGUGGAUAUGCUAUGUGAGUACCACCUAGACCUGCAUCCUCUCCUCACCUCGAGUUCCUAA